GCCAAAUUGAUCCUACAUGUUUAUCUACUACUUUAUAUAUACAUAUGCCAAAAUUCAAAGCAAAACAAAUUUUGCUCUUAACAUCACAAAGAUGAUGCAAUCACAAGACUUUACCCCUUCAUGGCCAUUGGUGAAUUCAACCAUAGAUCAAUUAGAACCCUACGGUUUUAAUAUGUGUGUCCAUUUUGAUGCUUCUUCUUCAUUCCAUACCAGUGUGGAUUCCUUCUUCUCCAAUGACAUUUUCCCAUUUUCACCCUAUGAUUUUGAUGAUGAUCUGCUUCGGGUCACAGUACCAUGGGAGGAUAUUUCAGCACCCUUGGCAGGGCUUGAUUCUAUGUUGACUGAUGGGGUUGAAGAAAGUUUUCCUUUGUCCUCUCAAAGGCAAGAUAUAUGGAGUCCUUGUCCAUCUAUAAGAUCCAGCGAGGCCUCGACCGAUACGAUGCAAUCGCCACUUACUAUGCCAAUCCUAGGAGAAGAAGCCAUGGAAAUUGAUAAUCAGUUGCCCUUAUUUCAUCUGCUCAAGGCUCAUGGAGACGCUACAGAGAAGAACCAGACAGACCUUGCAGAGGUAAUCUUAAGGUGUGUGAGUGAGAAAGGUAAUCCAGUUGGUGAAACUUUGGAACGGAUUGCAUUCAAUUUAUCACAAGAUAUUCAAAACCAAAACAAUUAUUAUCUAAUGCAAGAGUCUAGCAAGAACUUUGAGGUUGCCUUCAGGACUUUCUACCAGAUAUUCCCAUAUGGAAGGUUUGCUCAUUUUGCUGCUAACUCGGCAAUCCUCGAAGCCAUACCCAACGAUGCAGAACAGCUACACAUCGUUGAUUUUGACCUUGGAGUCGGGAUCCAAUGGCCUUCAUUGAUUGAGGCCAUAGCAGGACAUUGGCAACAUAAGACAUUGAGACUGACUUCAAUAAAAUGGGGAGAUGAUCACUCUCCAUGGAGGUUUCAACACACAAGAAGGCUACUUUGUGACCAUGCUAGGUCCUUUGGCCUAAACUUUAAAGUUGAAGAAAUGGGAAUCCAUGAUUUGGUGAAUGAGUUCAUGGCAAUCAAGAAACAAGGUGGUGGUACUAAAGAAUGGUUGGCAUUCAAUUGCAUGGUGGGACUCCCACACAUGGGCAAAAACAAGAGCAGGAAGCUUGUAAAUGAGUUCCUAGGCAUAGCUAAACAAUUAUUGACAAGUUGUGGUGACAAUGCAAGAACAACAAAAAGGGGAAUGAUAACGCUUGGUGAAGGAGAUGCUUGUGAGAAACUUAAAGAUGGUACAGGUUCAAGUUUUGGGGCAUAUUUUAAUGCGCAAUUGAUGCACUACCAAGCUAUUAUGGAAUCAAUGGAAUCCAACAUGGCAAAGCACCUGGUCCAAGCAAGACUGGCAAUGGAGUGUUUGUUUGUAGGGCCUAAUAUCUGUGCACAAGCUUGGUUCCAAAAAUGGAAGGAGAUGAAUGAAACAUGCUAUUUCCAGGCAGGGACGACAUUGGAAGGAUUAAAGGUGAGCAGAGGUAGAGUAAUGGAAGCUAAAGAAAUGGUGAAAGAAAGGGGAAAUUCUUAUGAGGUGAGCAUUGGAGGGGAUUCUGGAAAUGAGUUAACCUUGGACUGGAGAGGAAUUACACUGGUCAAAGUUUCCUCCUGGAGAAAUUAAAGCUAAUUCUUCUUUUUAGUACUUAGAUGUAAAUUACGAAGACUAGAAGGAUUGUUUAUGUAAAAAUAGUAUAAUUAGCGAAAACAAUAGAACAAAUUUCAUUUCCAUAUUUUGUUGCUUGAUUUGUUUUAGUGAAAUUUACAAACCCCAUUUAGCUCUCCA